AUGGAGUUUAGCAAAGUGUAUCCAUUGCAAUCGCGCGCGUCGGACGCGUCGGUGAAACAGCCCAAGGAACUGAUUGGGUAUUCGAGAGAUAUCAACGGUGUCUAUCACAUUGAUGAUUCACAGCUGAGUUACUAUUAUUUUCCCGAUAGCCAGAUGAAUGUUCCUGGUGGAGUGGAUCUCCAGGCUGGGUUCAAAGAGUUCCAGGCGAACGGCGAGGACUUUGGCGAGUUUUCCGGGUUGCUGGCUGCUCUGGAGGUUGUUGAGCGCAAAAACUCAGCCAAGACCCCGGUCGAUAUCAUCACUUGGAGAGGACUCAUGAGAAGUUUGAUGACCCUUCCCUUCUUCAACAGAGAAAAGCUAGUUUUCAACAUUGUUCCUUUUGACGGCCAGUUGUUCAUCCAACAGGACUUCCAGAACGCCAGAGAGGCCGCCGAGCUCGAAAAAUUGUCGAGAUCAGACCUCAAUAAACGUCAAAUGUUCUCUGGGUACAAGUUCGAGCAGGUCUCUACUCUGUCCAAGCCAUGGGCUCAAUGUACACGCAAGGAAAUCGAGCAGCGCGGCAAGGUUCCUGUGAAUAACAUCGAGCAGUACGCGACCGUGGUCAAGACCUCUUUCGGCAAAACAAACCUUGUCAUGGGAGCAGAAGUUGACUGUGUUUUUGAUUACAAGCCCGAGGACUCUGAUCCGCUUCCGCAUUACGUCGAGCUCAAGACAACACGUAUACUGGACUCGCCCAAGUCUGUGUUUUCCUUUGAGAACAAACUGUUAAAGUUUUGGGCCCAAUGUUUCCUAGUUGGUAUUCCAAAGAUUAUCUGUGGAUUCAGAGACGAUAACCUGAUAUUGCGCACAGUGGAGGAAUAUAGAACAGACAAGAUCCCUGUGAUGGUGAAAAACAACCCGCUUCCGAACAAAAGCCCAUCCAAGAACAAGUUCAUGCAAUCGCUCAAAUUUUUCAACGGUCUGAUCAACUGGAUAAACGAAACUGUUCCUCGUGACGAGACGAGAACAUACCGUUUGGUGUUUGACCCAACGGUUAACCCAAACUAUUUGAACUUGAGCGAAAAUUCGCCAGAUCUGACAGCCUCGUUGCUGGACCCGGAAUCGGGGGUGAUUCCUAGAAAGUUUAGAGAUUGGCGGUCUGAGCUGGCUGCUACCUCGACAAAUGUGUAG